ACAUCGUAUGGCGGACUCCUGGCACUCAUUGCUUUGCUAGCUCAGGUUGCAUUUCAGGUACUUCAAAUUGGAAGCAAUUAUUGGAUGGCAUGGGCAACUCCUGUCUCCAAGGAUGAAGCACCUCCAGUUGGAGGCUCUACCCUUAUCCUCGUCUACGUUGCUCUGUCUGUUGGAAGUUCUUUUUGCGUUUUGGGAAGGUCAAUAUCUGUUGUGACCAUGACCUACAAGACUGCAAAGAUACUCUUUAACAAGAUGCACCUCUGCAUAUUCCGUGCACCCAUGUCUUUCUUUGAUUCCACUCCAAGUGGGCGGAUUUUGAAUAGAGUAUCUACGGACCAAAGCGCUGUUGAUUUGAACAUGGGUAUCAUUGCGCAAUUCUCUUUUUCCUUGAUUCAGCUUCUAGGAGUUGUUGCUGUCAUGACUCAAGUAGCUUGGCAGGUCUUCAUCAUUUUCAUUCCAGUAAUUGCAAUUUGCAUAUUGUUGCAGCGUUAUUACAUAGCUGCUGCACGAGAACUUUCCCGACUUUGUGGAGUGAGCAAAGCUCCAGUCAUACAACACUUCUCAGAGACACUAUCUGGAGCAAUCACCAUUAGAAGUUUCGAUCAAGAAUCUCGAUUCCGAGAAAUUAGCUUGAGGCUGAUAGAUGGAUAUUCACGGCCAAAGUUUCAUAUAGCUGGUGCAAUGGAAUGGCUAUGCCUUCGUCUGGAUGUGUUGUCUCUCAUGACGUUUACCUGUGCACUGAUUUUCCUGAUUACACUUCCAGAAGGAACUAUUGAUCCAAGUAUUGCUGGUUUAGCCGUGACUUAUGGCCUCAAUUUAAAUAUGUAUCAAGCCUGGGUUGUUUGGAACCUUUGCUUUAUGGAGAACAGAAUCAUAUCUGUUGAAAGAAUACUUCAGUAUACUUCACUUCCAAGUGAACCUCCUCUUGUCAUAGAGUCGAACAGGCCGCAGAGUUGCUGGCCUACCCAAGGAGAAGUUAAUAUCCAAGAUCUUCAGGUUCGAUAUGGUCCUCACUUGCCCUUCGUGCUACGAGGCCUAACAUGUACUUUCUUUGGAGGGAAGAGGACUGGUAUAGUAGGAAGAACAGGAAGUGGCAAAUCAACACUUAUUCAGACACUCUUCCGAAUUGUAGAGCCAACAGUCGGACAGAUACUGAUCGAUGGUAUCAAUAUAGCAGUUAUUGGACUUCAUGAUUUACGAUCCAAGUUGAGCAUAAUCCCACAAGAUCCAACAAUGUUUGAGGGAACUGUUCGAACUAACCUCGACCCCCUUGAAGAGUAUACUGAUGAGCAGAUAUGGGAGGCUUUGGACAAAUGCCAGCUUGGUGACGAGGUCAGGAAAAAGCCAGAGAAACUUGAUUUUGCAGUGUCUGAGAAUGGAGAGAACUGGAGCGUGGGACAAAGGCAGCUGGUUUGCCUCGGGCGCGUGCUCCUGAAGAAAAGCAAGGUCCUUGUGCUCGAUGAGGCAACAGCGUCUGUUGACACAGCAACUGAUAACCUGAUCCAGCAGACCCUGAGGAACCAUUUCUGUGACUCGACAGUUAUAACGAUUGCACAUAGGAUAACAUCGGUGCUGGACAGCGACAUGGUUGUGCUGUUAGAUAACGGAUUGCUUAAGGAAUACGAGACGCCGGAGAAGCUGUUGGAGGAUAAGUCGUCUCUAUUUGCGAAGCUGGUGGCAGAAUACAACAUCAGAUCAAGCUCUAGUGUUGAGUCUCUUUCUUCUUUUGCAUGACGAUGAUGACGACAACGACGAUGAUGAUGGAACUUGUCUAUAAUUCAUACAAGUUCUUUUGUUUUUGUUUAGGCAGAACUGGCUCUUGCACGAUUUACUAAUGAUAGUAAUAUUAUUGUACUGUUUGAUGAACUCUUUUUGUUGUCUAAGUGAUAAAUCACUCAUUAUUGAUA